AUGGGUGCGACAGCCGUGUCGCGUGGAAAUUUGGCCAGAGUGACAGGCGGAGCGGUCGAUAGCCGAGAUCCUUUUGGCGCUGACUGCCCCACUUUUGGUGCACCCGCCGAAAAGCAGGAGCCCCGUGUCGAUGGCUCCAGGUAUGGCGUCAGGCGUCACCACUCCGGCGCCACAGUUCAAUAUCACCCGCCCCCCUCGCAGUCGUUCUGGCGAGACGAGACCAGUGCUGCGCUCGAGCUUCGUAACGAAGGAGUCGACUCGCCGUUGUUCUGGAAAAUGUUUCGGGAAGGCAUGGAAAGAGACGAUGCAGGGACGCUUGGGUCUGGUUUCGAAAGGGUGCUGCGGCCAGGGACGAGGGAGACGCGCCCACGCUUCGAGCUCCUUGCAAUGCGAUGCAUACGCAGCGGUGCCACUGCCACUGCGGUGGUGGCGAGCGUCGUCGGCACGCCACAGUGCAAGCUUGCACAUCACACAAAACCCAUCGGCUUUCACCCAUUGAAGCGUGCCUCUCGCGACGAGCGUCGUGAUGGAUUGAAGGAUCAAGGCGCCAGGCGCUUUUCUGGGCAGAAGGACGCGCGUCCCGAACGCACGCGUCGCGGAACGCAGGCGAGCCGAUGCACAGCCAGCCGGGCCGGGUUUCAGAGUUGGUCUUCUUCUGCCAAUCCAUGCGCGCGUUCCGCGGUUCUGGCGUCGUCGGCGCUUGAACUUGGAUCCUGGCGCCAGAAAAGAUGCCACUGCAGCCAGAAGCUUGACUGCAGCUCGGCACCGCUCUUUGCGCAUUGGACCCUCUCGGAGCUGCAGCUCGUGGACAAGGUGGCGUUCGCGUUGCCACGCCUCGCGCCGCUUGGAUCGCCUUGGCCAAUGCCCAUGCCCAUGCCCAUGCCCAGGGCCUUUGCGACGGCCAGCGGUGCGCAAUUUGCCCACGCCACGCUUGUGGCUCGCUCCCCUUGGCGCUUGCUCUCAAGCCCUUCAUCGCUUGCAGCGCCACAGUGGCAUACACUGCGCAGAAUCUUCCGUAGCCGCCGUGUCUCGUUCCUGCUCUUGAGUCCGUGCUUCGGCUCGUUCGGCAUCGUCCUCGCGACCCCGCCACGCCCAUUGUCGCUCCUCGCUCGGCCCCCUCGACCUCCUCGGCUUCCCACGCUCGAUCCGUUUUCGCUUGAUCGACCCCGCAUCUCCUUCUGCGCUCGGUCCGCCAGUCCUGCACAGUUUUCCCCGACCAUCAUGGCUUCCCACCGAGUUGAUGCUGACGCUUCGAUUCAUCCCUUUGCGGUACGAACUCCGACCCUUGCUGCAAACUCUCAGCCCCACGCAGCCUCGUCCCAGCCGCUCGCACAAGCUCGAACAAAGGCGCAGCUCUCGCCCGCAUAUAUUGCCACCAUCCGACGCCGCCGCACCCGAACCCUCGACCUCGACUCCCACCCCAGCAUCCGUCCAAGGUCGUCCUCGGUCUCGCGAAGAUCUUCCAGAGCAUCUACCGUCUCCUUUGCGCCUACCAUCGCCUCGACUUCCGCAUCGUACCUCGACAUCUCUCGUCUCGCCCCUCUUGGCUCGCUCACCCUCUCUCGGAGCAUGCCCCUCGUCGCCGUCGAAUCCUCGCCACAGACAACCCCAAGAGCCGACGCCGGCCCUUCUCGCUUCCCUCUCUCCGCCUCGCAACCAACUGGCUCCAAGAUGUCCACCAAAUCCCACACCAAGCGUGGCUCCAUGGUCGGCGCCCUCAGCGUCGCGGACCGCGCCAAGGCCUUCCAGUCCGUCUUGGCCUCUUCGUCGUCUUCAGCAAACACAGUUCAGCGCAACGCUCGCAAGGCGGCAGUCUCCUCCGGCUCUGCAUCAACCUCGGCCUCGGCCUCUGACAUCACAUCUCCGUCGACGUCGGCAGCAUCGUUAGCGGACGACUCGGAAGAGCUCGUCGCCACCAUCGCCACCGCUCGUCGCAUCAGCGUCGCCACCCCUGUCCACCGCCGUGCGCGAAGCGAUGUCAGCGUCCUCGACCCCUACCUCGCACAAGACCUCGCUGCCACCGCCAGUGCCAAGCCUGCGCACGAGCUCGUCAAUCCUCCCACCAUCCGCACUUCCUCCUUUGCCGAGCUCGACGAGCUCACCGCAAAGCUCGAGGCCAACCGUCCGCGCAGCCAGACGCUCGCCCAUCCCGUCCGAGCCAACCGCGCCAACGCACACCUCAUGCACAGCAUCGCCGAGGAAAGCAUGCACCUCCGCCUCUGCUCCUCCACCGAGACCAUCCGUGCCAACAAACUCGCUUCUUCGCGCCGCAUCUCGCGCUCGGGCGCCAGGACACCGAUCGCCAACGCUCACGUCACUUUCCAGGUUUCUCCAUGCCUCUCGGACGACGGCUCGAUCGACUGGCAUUGCUUCAUCAGCACAAACUACGGCGUGCCCCGCACCAUCGACGACUUUCGCCAGCCCAUCUCGAUCUCCGAUCUCGCCGUCCCCAUCCACGCCGGCCGCAAGCGCGAGUACCACUCCAAGCUUUCCAAGCCCGACAGCCCCACGCUCAACGACGAGGCCACCUGGCUUGAGGAAGAGCUUGCUCGCUGCAGCAGCGACGAGGACGACGACGACGACGAGUACGACGUGGACGGCUCCCAUCGCCCUUCCGUCGACGAGGAGUUUUCGACGCCCGACGGCAGCCCUCUCCUGUCGCCCAUGGACCUCACUGCGCCUGGACCCGUCGAGAUCAUGGGCCUGGGCAUUCAGGACGCCUCGCUCCUCCUGCCCGGCGCUCCAGAGCACCAGCCCAACAAGUCGUCCGACUCGCUCCUCGAGCAGGUCGCCAUGCACGAGGCAUGCAUCCGAACGCUCCACACCAUCUCGCAGCACGACACGCGCGACCACCAGCUCUCGCAAGGCCUCCCACCCAUGCCCGAUCGCAGGAGCAGCCUUCUGGUCCCCUGUGCCCAAGCAACCACGCUGCGGGGCGUGCCCUCGGUGGGCGACUUUAGCAGCACCCAGGCAGGCGCAGCGGCGCUGUUUGGCGACGACACGUACGAUGCCUCGAUGAGCCCCAUGGCCGACAUGGGCCACGGCGCGCUGAGCGACGAGCCCAGGAGCACUUCGCCGUAUCCGCGACGCGCAUCGGCGGCAAGCUACCUGUCUACCGCCUCGACCGCCUCGGCGGAUGUCUCGACGGCUUCGCACGCUUCCAGCCUGCUCUUCAACGCACACCUCGCUGCACCCGGCAUGGCGCGAGGUGGAUCGGCGGAUACGGGAUUCAGCACGCGUCGCUCGUCGGUCGCCAGCAGCUACACGCACGACAAGGCGCCCAACAAGCCGCCGCGCAGUCCUCUGCGCCUCAACGCCACGCCGCUGCCGCCGCUGCCGCAAGAGGCGUGCGAGACGCCCCAGCCUUCGCAGUACGCCGAGGCGCCGCAGCCGCGCAGUCCGACGCGCAUGAGCGCCAUGCCUCUGCCGCCGCUGCCUGCGAGCGCACCGUCGGAGGAGGGCGACAAGCCGCGCUCGUCCAAGGAGUCGGCGCGCGUGCUGCGCCAGGCGAACCGCCGCAAGGAGGGCACCAACCUGCCCCAGCCACCCGCGCGCCACGGCAGCCUCGAGGCCAUGGUGGCUGCAGCGCCCAAGGAGACGCAGAUGCGCGAAGAGUUCCCCGAGCGUCUGCUUGGCGACUGGAUGUCGGCGCGCGACGACACUGCGACGGCCGAGGCGGUCGAGGCGUCGGCGGACGAGCGCGCGUUCAGGGUGGAGCCGGUGCCGCUGCACAAGCGCAUCCUCAAGAAGGACGGCACCACCGUGCUGCCUGGCCUGGGCGAGAUUGUACCGCCCAGUCCCGAGGUGACGGCAGCUGCGUUGAUGUCGGCGCGCGAUGUGCCCGCGUAUCCGGGAGCGGCACAGAAGCGAUUGGGCGUCGAGACUCUGCCGUUGGCCGGUGCUGCAGCCCAGCUGGCCAAGCCGGCGAUGACGCUCAAGGGCAAGCUGUCGGGCCGUCGACUGGGACGCGCAUCCACGGAGGAGGGACCGGCGAGCAUGGAGCGCAAGACGAGCGAGUCGUCGCUGCCCAACGUGCUGGGCCGCAUGCGCAAGGCGUCGAGCCGAAGCGAGUCGGACCGAUCGCGCGUUUCGUCGUCGGCGGCUUCGGCGGCUGCUGAACUGCCCGCAGCAUGGAAGGACCGCAUCGUGGGCACGCGUCCGUCGAUGGACAUGCGCCGACCGAGCUUUGCGUCGCUGGUGUUGUCGACUCCCUCGUCUGAGGCGGGGGCUGCCUGUGCGUCGCCGCGGGGCAAGGUUGCGACGCUGCUGCCCGGAGCGCGCGACGAGAUGCGUUCGCGCUCGAGCCUGGGUCUGCGCAAGAUGCUCAGCUCGAUCACGGGUACCGACGGCGCUUCGAGCAGCGAAGCCAACCCCAGCGGUGGCGCUGCCGAAAGUGCGGGCCGGGUGUCGCUGACGCUGGAAGCGCUUGCGGCGACGACGUUCGAAAGCCCCAAGUCGGCUCGCGUGGCGGGUGGGCGUCGAGGGGCCCAGCACAAGUACGAGUCGUUUAUCGAGCUGUCGGACGACGAGACGAGUUCGAGCGUCAGCGCGAGCGUGAGUGGGGCGACGUGCGAGAGCUGGGAGAGCGACAUGCUGUCGCGCAAGCGCUCGGCGCGCAAGGAUCUCACCAAGAUGUUUGGCGCCUCGGAGGUGGAUCUGGCGCAGGGCAUGCGUGGUGGCGAGGCCGAUGCGGACAAGUGGACGGCAAGCGUGGGGCGUUCGGGAACCAAGAAGCGCUCGGUGCUGUGGUGA